AUGCCUUCAGCAAAGAGCGUUCUCUAUUAUAUGUUCCACCCGAAUCAACUUCGGUCCAUGAUACAAUGGAAGGUCUGGCACGAGCCCGUACACCGUCGAGAUCCCUCCAAGGAGUGCGAGACCCUUUCCAAAUGCUUCUACUACCUUGACAUGACGAGUCGCAGCUUUGCGGCCGUCAUUCAAGAGUUGAACCCCGACAUGCUGGUGCCCAUCACCUUAUUUUAUCUUGUACUGCGAGGGCUUGAUACCAUUGAGGAUGACAUGACGAUACCUUUGGAGAAGAAGGAGCCCCUGCUCCGAGGUUUCGACAAGCUCAUGAAGAUUGAUGGCUGGACAUUCAAUGAGAAUGGCCCGAAUGAGAAGGACAGGGAACUGCUCGUUCACUUUGACGUGGUCAUUACCGAGCUCAAGAAGCUCAAGCCUAACUACUACGAGAUCAUUGAGGACGUUACCGUAAAAAUGGGCAACGGAAUGGCCGACUAUGCCAUCAAGGCUGAGAACAACGUGGGCGUGGAGACCGUCGCUGAAUACGAAGAGUACUGCCACUACGUUGCCGGCUUGGUUGGCGAAGGUCUUACACGGCUCUUCCUGGAGGGAGAGUGGGCAAACCCGGCACUGAAAGACCGCCCUGAACUUACCGAGAGCAUGGGUCAGUUCUUGCAGAAGACCAACAUCAUCAGAGACGUUCACGAGGACUUUGAAGAUGACCGUCGUUGGUGGCCUACCGAGGUCUGGAGCAAGUAUGUCGACAAGUGGGAAGACAUUUUCAAGCCAGAGAAUCGGGAAAAGGCCAUGCAAUGCAGCUCUGAGCUUGUCCUCAACGCUCUAAGGAACGUUGAUGAGUGCUUGUUUUACAUGGCUGCCAUUCGCGAACAAAGUGUGUUCAACUUUGUCGCGAUUCCUCAAACAAUGGCUAUCGCAACGCUUGAGCUGGUUUUCAGGAAUCCUGCCAUCUUUGACAGCCACCUCAAAAUCACCAAGGGUGAUGCUUGUCAACUCAUGAUGGAGUCGACUCAGAACUUGAGGAUAGUAUGUGAUGUUUUCAGGAGAUACGUCAGGAGGAUAGCCAAGAAGAAUGAUCCCAGAGACCCCAACUUCUUGGAGAUCAGCUCUGCUUGUGGCAAGAUUGAACAAUUCAUCGAGACGCUGUUCCCUUCGCAAGAUCCCAAGAAGGUCGCAUUGGUACAGAAGGCUGGUGAAGAUCAAGAUGUCGCGGACCCCUGGGAGGGUUUCGUACUUGUGAUCUCAGUCCUGGCCAUACUGAUGGUCAUCUCUGGUAUUAUGAUCGGAAUAGCGUGGUUCAUGGGCGCAAGAUUUGAUUUGAUGUUCAACGACGUGACAUCGCGACUGAGCCCCAACUCUGCGACGGAGGCUGCGAAGACAGUUCUCGGCAGUCAUGAUGAGUUAUAG